UGACUCUGAAUCAGCUGCUAUAACACUAUAAUUUCCCUUCGGGGAUACAUAAAGUAUUUCCAUCUAUCUUUACUAAUAGUUUCCGACAGAAAUCGCCUUUGCCUACAUCUCCCGGCAUGCCACCCGCCCAGACCGGAAGUGUCGUCUCAAAAAGGUACUUAUAAAGCCGCUUCUCCCAGGCAGCAGAGAUAGACCAAUGCGUAUCGGGGUGAACCUGCCGUGGCGGCGAUGGGACGAGCGCGGAGCGAUGACAGCCCGUGCGGGAAUUUAGGCUGAACCGCAUCUCAUCACAGACAGGCACCGCAACUGUCGGCUCGGUGCGAACUAUGUGACAGCUGACAGUUCUCCCCCUCCAGAGGCGUUGUGUGUGUUUUUAUUUAUUUUUAAAAUCUUCACCCCCCCACCACAAAAAGGAAUGGAUCCGGUCAAAUGGGUGCUAAAGUUGACCCGGCGGUGUCCUCUGGAUGUUGCGGCGCUCCGGCUCAAACUCGACUAGAUUUCGGGGAUCUUGUGGAAAACGCCGCCUUUCACUGUGUCCGCGGGACGUGAAGUCGUUUGCAGACACCGGCGGGGGGAGAAAUUAUAACGGGAGCGGGCAGUGCGGGGAGAUAACGGAAUUACCUCUCUGACCGGAGAACUGUGCGAGCCGCCGUUCACUCUGAAUCUCUCCAGGAUCUCGCCCCUGCCGAAGACCCUGGACACUUUCCAGUGAAUUGUUUUAUAGACCUCUGGACGUUGUUGUGGAUUGUGUUGCUAUUUAAUGCAAUGGGCUGUAUCCAGAGUAUCAGGUGUAAGCCUAAGAGUUUCCGAGACAGUAUCAUCGUCCUGGAGGUGAAUAGUUCCAUCGACCCCAACCCUACCAGCAUCGACGAGUCAUCCAGCGUGGUCCUGCGCUACCGGACACCGCACUUCCGAGCUUGUGCCCGGGUCCUGGUGCCGCCAGUAGCCACUAAAGAGACGUGGACCAUCGGCUGGAUUCAAGCGUGUAACCACAUGGAGUUCUACAAUACGUAUGGAAACAAAGGGAUGUCGAGUUGGGAGCUUCCUGACUUGCGCGAUGGCAAGAUCCAGGCCAUCAGCGACUCGGAUGGGGUGAACUACCCCUGGUACGGCAACACCACAGAAACCUGCACCGUCGUAGGCCCCACGAAGAAGGACAGCAAGUUCACUGUUAGUAUGAAUGACAAUUUCUACCCCAGCGUGACCUGGGGUGUGCCCGUCAGCGACAGCAACGUGCCUCAGCUUAGCAGCAUCCACCGCGACCAGAGCUUUACGACCUGGCUGGUGGCCAUAAACCAGGCCACCUCAGAGACACUCGUCCUGCAGACGAUCCGCUGGAGGAUGCGACUUCACAUCCGAGUGGACCCAGAGAAGCCUCUUGGUCACAGGGCUGUUCUCAAUGAGCCGCUAGCCCAGGAACAGCCCCAGAUCCUGGGCAAGAAUGAGCCCAUCCCUACUAACGCCAUGGUCAAGCCCAACGCCAAUGACGCCCAGGUGCUUAUGUGGCGGCCAAAGAAUGGUGACCCGGUAGUGGUCAUCCCACCCAAAUACUGACCUGUUUCACUGACCAGACUGGCCUUGGAUACCUUAACAGUAUCAUCUCUUAUUUGUUCUCUUUCUUUUGUUCCUGCUCGUCACCAGCGCUCACUGCUUUAACCCUUUCCCUCUUUUUUGGCCUCUAUAUUCUUCUGUCUUACGUUUUAAAAAGACUGACAGAGAGAAAAACAGGCAGAGACCAACGAAACCAGCUCUGAGAAAAAGACCAGCUGUUGCUUUGAGGUGGGGGCUUGAACACACUUUUAAAACUGGAACGAACAAACUGCAACCAUUCUACCUUCAAACUGGGUCGGGUCGCACUGUGCUAAAUGAAAUCAUUGCAAAAAUGAAGAACUCGAGAAUUUCUUUGUUUUUUAUUUUCAUUUUAUAUGUUGGCUGUUUGGGCCAAGUGAUAUGGGGUUUGUGAGUGUGGGUGGUUUUAAGUAUUUACAUGACCAUGUCCGCACACGCUACAUACAUUGAUAUGCACAAACCUUGAGUAUGAAUACCAGUUGUGUUUUUAUUUAUAGGCUGGGAGAGAGUGCAUUCAAUUUUGUUUGUUUGUUGUUGUUUAUUGCAUUGGGUGACAUUACUAGAUUUUAGUACUUUUUAAAAAAACAUGCAAGACAUUCAAUCCAUGCUGCCUUAAGUUUACAUCGCUUUCCACUGCAAACUUUUUAGCCUUAAACAAAGUGCAAUGCAGUAUUUUGCUCAUGUGUCCCGUCUCUUCCAGACUGUUGGUGCUGGAGUGUGGGUUUAGGACAGGAACAAUACCACAGAAGACGACCCGGGGUCAGAGGUCUAGGCUUUUAUGUUCAGUUGCAUUUACCUGACAAAUGUAUUGUCUCACGAGUACAACCAGCAUUACGCGUAGACACAGUCACACAACCGAGCUAACUAGUUGUGCUUCAAGUGCAUUAUGCAACCCAAGAGAUGCUCUGUACCGAUGACAAACAUCAACAAAGCCAACCCUUGUCAAUAGCACUCAACACAAUAACGUGCAGUAACAACUUGAGCAAAGAGUCCUCAAAAGCACUUCUCAGUUGGCUUCAUUUCAUUCACUGUUUAUAGGCAGUUGUAGCAUUCGGCGUCGGGUUUUCCUUUCUCCGUAUCACUCCAUCUCAGGGCCCCUUUUUCACUUCCUUCCCUUCUCUUUUUUUUCAUCCAUCUUGUCUGGCCUACUCCUUCUUGCCACAGUGAGUAAUUGAGUGUUUGCAUUGCUCACAAUGAACAAUCAAUACUUUGAUUACUCAGCAGUCACACACAGGGUAAAUAACUGGUAAUAACUGGAGAAUAAAAACAGCAGCAGGGUAUCUGCUUUGUCUUUUAGCCACCGGUCUGACAAUCUUACACACAGUGUAUCCAUAAUUAUUGCCUUCCUUUAAAUCAACAACAUCCCUUUUCUUUCUGUAAUAUUAAAAUCCAAACACGCCUGACUCAUGUUAACAGUGUUUUUGUCCCUCAUGCUCAAUAAUCUGUAAUCUUCAUCUACACCAGUGAUCUUCCUCCCACUCCUCCCUUCCCCCCAACUGCCUUCCCCUCUUCUUUCUCUUGUUUUUAUCUGUCAAGGCUGAAAAGCAGAGCAAGAGGCAUGCAAGUUUGAUCUUUACUGCUCGAUUGGCAUAUAGAUGACCCACUUCUCUGCUUUGCCAGUUGUAGCUCUCGCUGCAGAAAUGUGGGGCUUGCCUCCCUUUAUUUCACCGCCAGCAAAUGUACGAACCAACGGCACGCAUAAACAAGAGCAGCGCUGGUCAGCUAAAUACCAAUGUUAAAUGAUUCAACUGUUAAUGUUUGAGAAGGGCUCCAGCUACAGACUGAAAAUUCUUUUAAAAGCAGACUUGGCAUCUGCUUCACUUUCAGAUGUUACCAACAUCUUGCGAGCCCCUGUGUUUUGGCUCCAACCAAAGAAAUAAUCUGUAUGUAUUUCACUAAGAUCAGUAAGCUGCUGAUGUUUGAGUGUACAACCAUCUCCUUACUUUAGAGCAUUCAAUCGUAUCAACCUUUAUAGGAUAUUAUGUGCAUUGUACCAUUGCAAAACUAAAUUAUUUUGUGAUUUAACGGAUAUUUCUACAAAGACUUCAAAGGAAUAGUUCGACAUUUUGGGAAGUGCACUGCAUUUGCUUUCUUGAUGACAAUUAGAUGAGAAGAUUGAAUGUUUGUAUGCAAAAUAUGAAGCUACAGCCAGCAAUUAGCUUAGCUAUCCUGGCUCUGUCCAAAGGUAACAAAAUGAGCCUACCAGCACCUCUAAAGCUCACUAAUUAACACACUAUUUCUCAUUUGUUUAAUCCAUACAAAGACCAAAGUGUACAAAUGACAAGUUGGCUUUCAGUCUGUAUACUAAACUAAUCCUGGCUGUAGCUUCAUAUUUAACAUAUAGAUAUGAAAGUGAUAUCAAUCUUCUCAUCUAACUCACCAAGAAAGCAAGCAUUUCCCAAAAUGUCUAAAUAUUUAUUUCAUCGUGAGUGAAAUGGUUUCAAGUGUAAACCCAAUAAUAUGAGAGCGAAACCUUACACUCAGCCAGCUCUGCAGAGCACCAUGUAGAUUAAUGCAGCAAAAUUUAAAUAAUACCAAGCUGAACAAGAGCUCAAACAUCAAGCCAUGAUGUCUAUCUGAUGGCACCAGCUAAACUGCUUUGUUCACAUUCUAACUACAUUCUAACUCCUGCUCGGCUUGGUUCAUGUGUCACCAUGCUAGCCUUUGAGUCAGGCUGGGUCGCGGGGCAUUGGUGGUGAAGGAAUAAGGAGUAGGGAAAUGAAAAGGCUAUUGGGGGACUGCUGUCAUAAUUAGAUCUGCUGUGACACAGUUACAUGCCCUAGAUGGACCGAACUGUGCCGAGUCGUGCUGUGCAACGCAAGGGCCAGCUAGAGUCACGGGUGAGGUUUGGCUGAGGUCAAAUAGCAAAGGUGAGGGUCACGGUGUGUGUGUGUGUGUGUGUGGGGGGUGUGUGAAAGUCCUAAAAUGUACUUGUAGACUGCUGAGUGACAGUGGGGGAAUGAAUAUGAAGGUGACAACAAACCGAAUCCAUUUAGACAUUAAAGCCAGCUCAAAAUAACAUUGACAUUUGCCAAGCAGAACUUGGAUGUCAACCACAAGUUAUUUCAAUUUGCGGUUUGUUUUGAAGGCAGCAGAAAAAGCUGCAGCUCAUGUUUUGAACUCAGUGACCUAAUGUAUGGGGGGCCAUUUCUGUAUUGUGGACUGCCUCGUAAUGUCUUUUCGAUGACCUAUGGACACUGUGGAUAGUACUCGAGUUGGACUACACGUAAUGUAAUUAAACCUUGACAUGCAGGGUGGCCAGGAUUCACAACAUGUUUGCGUGUGAGCGUGUGUGUUAAAUCCCCUUUGAGGGAUUUAGGCAGGAUGAGGAGUUUCACUGAUGUGCUUCUGCUGUUGUUGAGUCAUGAUUCUUUCUCUCACUGUCUCUCUUACACAAACACACAGUGCAGGGAAGGUAACGUCCUUGUCAUAAAAUAGGGACAGAGCUUGCCCUCGCAAACACACAAACACCCUGAGGGGAAAGGAGCAGGCCUGGCGUGGUAUCUGAUUGUCACAGCGGUGUCACAUUGACAGUGUGAACUCAUUUAUCGGCCCUGCACGUGGACUGUCUGAGCACAUGCACAUGCUAACAAAGCCAUAUGCACACACACACACACACACACACACACUUGUUUACUAAUAAACAGGAAGUGACAUGUGUAUCUUUUGUGUUGUUAAACUAGAGUGAGUAGGUUUUAAUAUGAAACAGAAAUGGAAGCAUUGAGGUCAUUCAGUGGGGUGCCUGUCAACUAUCAACAGCAUUUCAUGUUAUAUUGUAGGAAAAGGGCACUAAUUUGCUUCUGUGUGUGUCUGAAUUUGUUAUAAAUGUGUUAAUGAUGUGUAUUUUAUGUUCACACAACAGAAGAACUUCAUAGAUGCUUUAUGUGCUUCCUUAACUAAGCCACAGGAAGAAAAUAAAUAAAUAGAUCGCACAAUGUGCGUUUGCUCUAUAGAGGGCAAAAAGUGCCAAAAUUGGACAAAGCCAAAACUAUGCAGUAGGACAUUGCAAGUGACUUGUGAAUUAAAAAAAACUUGGCACUUAAUAAUAGGUUUUCAGUUGUUUUUCAUCAUUAAAUGCAUUUAGCGUCUUUGUAUUUCCAGAUAAAUAUCACAAAUGCAAAAUGUAGCCAUGUGGAAGAUUCUUUGUUGUUGUGUUAUUAGCUUGUAGGGCUGUGCCAAGGGAAAGAAAGCCUCCUCUCCUAAACCCACACCAUUACAGUUCUUCUGAGGGCUGCUACCUUUGCUUCAGAUCUUUAUGUCUUUUUUUUAACCUCUAUGAGACAUCAGUGAAUCAUCAUCCAUUUAUUUAAACCAAUAAAAACCUCUAAGUUCACACUCGAGACCACUUUUGGUUUUAUCUCGUAAAAUAAAAGUUAGUAACAUUUCAUCUUGCUGUUCUCCUUACUUUAAAAUUAACAUAGUCCCAUGGUUUAAAUACAACCCUAAAUGUAGCACAUAAGAUAAUAUGAGCGACCAUGUAUGUUUCUCAUUUUGUUUGGUUUGUUUUCUGGAAAUACACUGAAAUAGUUAAAGCAGUUUGUGUUAACUUGUUUGGCUUUGACUUUUACACCAAUACUUGAAAAUGGGUCAGUUCUGGCAAAUAUUUAAAACUGUGAAAAUGCACAACACUGGGGAAACAACCCCUGUAAAAAUAUAUAUAUAAAAAGGUCUUUUUCAUGGAUGAAUAAAAUGUACAAAUAC